UGCGUCGUCUUAAGGGCUUACCCUCACAGCUGCCACUCAUAGUGCGUUAACGGCGAUAGAGAGCACCCACAGAAAAAAUGGAAGCAGGCAAUGGACGGGAUUGCGAACUUGUCUGGAAGUCGGUUUCAGAAACAGGAGUUUUAUGCCUAUAUCCACGUAACAGAAACGAUUAUGAUACCUCAAUGGUCAAAACGUCUUGGGACAAAGGGCAUUUGUUACAUGUGACUGUUUCAAGAUUGCCAUAUUGGAAGGAUGGGAAAGCAUUUUGCAGUUUGAUAGUGGUUUUGCCUUCCUUUUUUUUCAUUUUCGCUGCGUUCUAGCAUGGAAGGUCUUCACAAUCGACUAAAACCAGCUUCCCAUGUGGAAGAUGAAGCCGAGUUUUUGGAUGAAGAAGAACAAGAAAAGUUACUGCAGGAAUUGCGUGUGCAGAACGAUCGCUCCAAUUUGUUAAUUCAGCGAUGGCUGGUUGUUAUUUCACUGCUUAUUACCCCAAUAUAUAUCCUAUUCCUGUACAAUUCUGGCACACCCAUGAUCACUAUGCCAAUGAUGGAACGUCACCUGCCAGCAAUUAUUUUCUUACCAAAGUUCGCUGCGGCGUGGAAUAUCGCAUCGAUUUAUCUCGCCAUUUAUCUUUUAUGGACUUCAUGUCAUUUAACGGUCCGAGAUCUGGUUUCAUUUAAAACUGUAGCAGUCCAUCCUUCUCCGCGUGUCGAUCUCACCAUGGCAUCAUUGACAGCGGGUGCUACAGCCGUGGCGCCGGUUCUAGCAUUAUUGGCUAGAGCACCAUGGACAGAAGUUUUCUUUUGGAGCUUUCCUUUGAUUCUCAUCGCCUUAUAUGCCAUAGUUUACCGGACCAUGGAUCAGGUCCAAGUUCAUAUAAAUGAAGUAGAAAAAGCACGCUACAAAUAUAAAGGCGCUUAGCCGCGAUCAUCAGCCUCACUAAAUUAUCGGUUGCGCACAUAAUGACAGCAGGCCACGACCGAGACAUCUCGUACUUUGCACAGGGUAUAUGAUGUAGUUAGUUUUUACUUCACAUCGAAUGCUAGGCUGUUGCUCCAACCUGAAGCAUUGCUGGCAGAUUACAUCCUUCUCUUUUAUCGGCCUACCGUAAACUAUG